CUUCCUCACCAAAAGUCAGCGCCUUCUUUUGUCUCUCUCUCCCUCUCUCUCUCUCUCUUCUCCAAGCAGACACAAAGGUACAGAGAUUCACAGAGCUUGUCGGAGCAACCGGCGAUGGACGACGACUGGGGCCUUCAGGCGGUUGUCAGAGGCUGCUCCUCCGUCAGUACCGGCGCCGCUGCAGCCACCUCAACCGCCACCACCACCACCACCACGACAACCAUCUCUUUCAUGGCUGACUUUCAACCCAACAACAACACUAACAACAACUCUUUCUUCUUCUCUCCUGUAUUUGGUAGCAAUAACAUGAUAACUCAACGGCAGAGCAGUAGUCAAGUCUUCGCUCCUCCAGAUCCCAUGAGGGUAAGAAACCACGUCGCCGCCAUGGAAGAAGAGCUUCACGAGCUUUACAAGCCUUUCUUCCCCAAAUCUCAGACAAAUAUUACACCAAACAUCAUAAGCGUCUCUUCGUCGCUCAAUUCUUCCAAUGACCAGAGAGUAAUAGUACAAACAAAGCAGAACAAUAUUAAUCAGUCCACUAAGCAAUCUCAUGGCGCCUCUACGAGUAGCACCACCCCGAGAUCCAAAAAGAGAAAGAACCAGCUGAAGAAGGUUUGCCAAGUACCGGCAGAAAGUCUUUCUUCGGACAUCUGGGCUUGGCGUAAAUAUGGCCAAAAACCCAUCAAAGGCUCUCCAUAUCCAAGGGGAUAUUAUAGAUGUAGCAGCUCAAAGGGUUGUUUGGCCCGUAAACAAGUGGAGCGGAACAGAUCCGACCCGGGAAUGUUCAUCGUCACAUACACCGCCGAGCACAACCACCCUGCUCCUACCCACCGGAACUCCCUCGCCGGCUCCACUCGCCAGAAGCCCUCCUCAGCCGCCGCCGGGGACGCCGGGAAAUCAACACCCAUCACCAAACCCUCGUCGCCGGCGACCUCGGCCGAGGAAGAUCUCGCCGCCGCUCAGGCGCAGAGCACCACCACGGAGAGCAAGGAAGGCCCUGAGAGCAGCACCGUUCUGAUGGACGACGAGGAAGAAGACGAGUUUGGGUUUUCCGACGUGGCCGUCAGCGACGAUUUCUUCGUGGGUUUGGAGGGGCUCGGCACUCCGGCAACCGGAGAUUUCUUCUCCGAUAACUUCCCGUCGAGCUUUGGCCUCCCUUGGGUCGCUAAUAGUGCCGCUACGGCCGCCGGAAGUAUUUGAAUCGCCGGAGAUUGGGAAACGACAAGGUUUUUUUUUGCGCGUUUUGUAAUGAACAGAAGUUAGAGUGAGAGAGAGAGAGAGAGAGAGAUUUGGUGGGGGUGUUGGUUUUAACACAGGUUAAUUAGUGAGGUUUAGCAGGAAACAAACAGAGUUGUAAUUAGUCAUUUGAUUAUCAUUACUGUUAUUAUUAUCUCUUUUGUUAAUU